GUCUGAUAAAGAGACAUGGAUCAGACGGAAUCACCGGCGCCGCAGAAGCCCAGCUGCUUCAGUAUCAAGAGUCUGCUGCGACGACCGGAGAAGCGCGAGCCGCCAGCUGGAGACCCGGGUCCCGCGGAGAAACCCACCGACGCCGCGGAGGAACCGAGCAGAUCUGCGAAGCUCGACAAGCCGCCCUUCAGCUACAACGCGCUGAUCAUGAUGGCGAUCAGACAGAGCCCCGAGAAGAGACUGACGCUGAACGGGAUCUACGAGUUUAUCAUGAAGAACUUUCCGUUCUACCGGGAGCACAAGCAGGGCUGGCAGAACUCCAUCCGGCACAAUCUGAGUCUCAAUAAAUGUUUUGUGAAAGUGCCGAGACAUUAUGAUGACCCGGGGAAAGGCAACUACUGGAUGCUGGACCCCUCGAGCGACGACGUGUUCAUCGGCGGAACCACGGGCAAACUCCGGAGGCGCUCGGUCCCGUCCAGAGGAAAGAUGAGCAUCCGGGGACUGCGGUGUCCCCCGCUGGGGCUGGGAAUAAACGAGACGCCGAACAGUCCUCUGUACUGGCAGAUAUCGCCUUUGUUAUCGUUACACCGUCCGCAUUACAACGGGACGCCGCACGGGUUUGUGAAUCCAGCUCACGGUUACGGUUCUCUCGUCCCCGGAGUCGAGCCCGUUCCGGGGAGCUGUGGCGGUGCUCUGGCUCUGACGGACUCUUACGGGAUGUGUUCGUCAGGAUACCUGCAGCAGCACGCGUUCAGCUGUCAGACGUCCCUCACCGACUCCUGGAGGACCGGCUGGGCACCGUUCUCACGCGCCGUUACCGGUGCCUUACCUGCUGCUCUGUCCCGCCGAGACCGAGUCUCUCCGGAGUCCGUUUAAACUCACGGGGAAAGUUAUUUCGUUGCAUAUAAUCCUGGACUAAAUGCUUCACACGGUUUUGCGCCAAAUCGUGCUGUUUACGCAGAAACGGACUCUGGCUCGCAUACGAUACGCAGUUUUAUUCGCUUGGAAAGCGC